GGCCCCCGGCGAGCCUGACUCCGGACCCGAGGAUGGAGCCGGCGCUGGGCGCCGCAGCGGCUCCCGGCGCGCCCCCGACCAGAACAGGCUUCCAGAAGUGCUGGGCUGUGCCCUUGGCGCUGUAACUUCCGCUGUGCCCCGCGUGCCAAGGCCGGGAAUGCGCCCUGGUCCACUGCUGGCUUGAGUCUCAGGUAGCUGCACUCCUCUGCCGUGCGCCUGGAGGAAGACUGGCCCUCCAGAGCGGCCCGUGGACCCGCAGGCCCGAGACUGCUGGCUGUGACGCUGCCCUCAGGCUGGAACCAGUGGCCAGGCCCAGAGACGACGCUGGUGGCUGGGGACCCGCUGGCUCAGAGCGCUCCCUCUUAACCUCGCGCCGUGCAGAAGCAGCUCCAUGAAGGUGCCCAGCCAUGCAAUGUUCUUGGAAGGCUGUCCUCCUCCUCGCCCUGGCCUCCAUAGCCAUCCAGUACACGGCCAUCCGCACCUUCACUGCCAAGUCCUUCCACACGUGCCCGGGGCUGGCCGAGGCCGGGCUGGCCGAGCGGCUGUGCGAGGAAGGCCCCACCUUCCCCUACAACGCCUCCCGCAAGACCCACAUCCUCAUCCUGGCCACGACGCGCAGCGGCUCCUCCUUCGUGGGCCAGCUCUUCAACCAGCACCUGGACGUCUUCUACCUGUUCGAGCCCCUCUACCACGUGCAGAACACGCUCAUCCCGCGCUUCACGCAGGGCAAGAGCGCGGCCGACCGGCGGGUCAUGCUGGGAGCCAGCCGCGACCUGCUGCGCAGUCUCUACGACUGUGACCUCUACUUCCUGGAGAACUACAUCAAGCCGCCGCCCGUCAACCACACCACCGACCGCAUCUUCCGGCGCGGCGCCAGCCGCGUGCUCUGCUCGCGCCCCGUGUGCGAGCCCCCGGGCUCCCCGGACCAGGUCCUGGAGGAGGGCGACUGCGUGCGCAAGUGCGGGCUGCUCAACCUCACCGUGGCCGCCGAGGCCUGCCGCGAGCGCAGCCACGUGGCCAUCAAGACCGUGCGCGUGCCCGAGGUGAGCGACCUGCGGGCUCUGGUCGAAGACCCGCGCCUGAACCUCAAGGUCAUCCAGCUGGUGCGGGACCCGCGCGGCAUCCUGGCGUCGCGCAGCGAGACCUUCCGCGACACCUACCGGCUGUGGCGCCUGUGGUACGGCACGGGCAGGCGGCCCUACAACCUGGACGUGACGCAGCUGACCACGGUGUGCGAGGACUUCUCCAACUCCGUGUCCACCGGCCUCACGCGGCCGCCCUGGCUCAAGGGCAAGUACAUGCUGGUGCGCUACGAGGACCUGGCCCGGAACCCCAUGAAGAAGACCGAGGAGAUCUACGGCUUCCUGGGCAUCCCCCUGGACGGCCACGUGGCCCGCUGGAUCCAGAACAACACGCGGGGCGACCCCACGCUGGGCAAGCACAAGUACGGCACGGUGCGCAACUCGGCGGCCACGGCCGAGAAGUGGCGCUUCCGCCUCUCCUACGACAUCGUGGCCUUCGCGCAGAACGCCUGCCGCCGCGUGCUGGCGCAGCUCGGCUACCGGGUGGCCGCCUCCGAGGAGGAGCUCAAGAACCCGGCCGUGAGCCUGGUGGAGGAGAGGGACUUCCGCCCGUUCUCGUGACGCGGGCCGCCGCGCCGCUAGCUGUUGCCUUAUCCCCUCCCCGUC